AUGAUCCAUUUUCCAAACAUAUACAAAACCAGUAGUUGACACACACCAAGUAACCAAAGAAGAGAAACAAAGACAGCUAAAAAAUGUUCCUGCGGAAAUUAGGGCGGCCAUCAUCACUACUGAUGAUGUCGAAGCUGAAAGAAACAACAGGGAUUGUUGGUCUUGAAGUGGUCCCAAAUGCAAGGGAAGUCUUGAUCGGUCUUUACAACAAGACCCUAACCGAGAUCCAGCGGGUCCCAGAAGACGAAGGCUAUCGAAAAGCUGUCGAAAGCUUUACGAGCCACCGAUUGAAAGUUUGCCAAGAGGAACAAGAUUGGGAAGUGAUUGAGAAACGUCUCGGGUGUGGCCAAGUUGAAGAGCUUAUUGAGGAAGCUCAAGACGAGCUUAAACUCAUCGAUAAGAUGAUCGAGUGGGACCCAUGGGGUGUACCUGAUGACUACGAAUGUGAAGUAGUUGAGAACAAUGCUCCUGUCCCAAAGCACGUGCCACUACACCGACCUGGGCCUCUUCCUGAGGAGUUUUACAAGACGUUGGACGCUUUAAUGACUGGGAAAUUGGAUGCUGCCCCUAAGAAGGAUGAGGCCACUGUCCCCUCGAGUUCCCAAUGAGCAUGAACCCUGUUGGUUGGUUCAGGCCACAUAUCUUUCCGGCAAGGAAUGGGAAAUUAUUCUCCUCAUCCAUCUAGCCAAUUUGAUUUCCGGAAGAUCCAUCAAUUUAUCGUGCUAGUGUUGAAUCUGUGACUCAAGGCUCUAUUGGUUAAGUUUUCGGAUUGGUCAUAUAUAGGACACUUAACUAGAGAUGGUGUCAGACAAUUUCAUCAACCGUCGGGAUGGCGAUGUAAUUGUAAUUUCUAUUGGAGCAUUUUACAUUUUUACACUUACAAUAUUUUUCUCUUAAUAUAUCCAAAAAUUGAUUAUAAUUUUA